GUGCGCACGGGCAGGCCGGCGAGAGGGGCUGGGCCACGCGCUGGACUCAGGUGGCUUCUCCUCUCCCCAGAGCCUUGUGCCGUGCCGGCUGGGACACCUGGACGCCAUGCUACUGCUGCUGCUGGCCCUCGCUCUCCUGGGGACCCCUGCCUCCUGGGCCGAGACCAUGUAUGGACUCCAAGGAGAGAAGUUUUUCAGCACCUAUGUGGACGAAGACUAUGACAUCAGGGCGGUUCGGAUAACCACGAAUCUUCUGGGCCAGAUUCAGAGUAUCCAGGUGAAGGUCGGCUGGGUCUGGGACGCUGUGUACGGAACCACCGGCUGGAAGACCCAGGAGCUCAUCCUGCAGCCGGAAGAGCACAUCACGUCCGUGCAAGGCCAGUACCUCCUCAAAAUCUGGAGGCUGACCCUGUGCACCAACCACAGCCGCUGCGUGGAGUUCGGGAAGGCGGCCGGCAAGCCCUUCUCUGCCCUCCCCACCGAGGACGGGCAGGUGCUCAAGGGCAUCUUCGGCUUCCUGGCGUCCCCCGGCUUUAAGGGCCUCGGCUUUCGAUGGGGCCCUCUGCUGGCAGAGUCGCUCCCUGGCCCAGCCUGUAACGGCACCAAGUGAGCGUCGCGGAGCCACGGCAUGGGGACGCAGGGGCGGCUGGUCCUGGGGUAACUGGACCCCACCAGGCAAUAAAGCUUU